AUGUCUGCCCAAGCCCAAGCCCCCCCGCCAUACAUCAGCUCAGCCAAGUACUUUGCGGCGCUCACUGCCGUGAGCGUCGGCGCCAUGGCUGUGGCCUUCCGCGACAUUGGCGCAUACAAGCCGAGUGUGCUCGACGCCCCAACGUGCCUCGAGCAGCCUUGGGUCGUACAGUACCCUAUCGCGACCCCAGUCAACAAUCUCCUGUGUACCCUCAACACCUUCUUCGCAUCCAUCGCGUCGUCCAAGGGCGGCGUGGCAUUCGUCGAUUACUUUGGCGGCGUGUUCCUCGCCGCUGUCCUCGUUACAGUGUACGAGGGAUUCCGGCCUUCAUCGCGUCGUUCGGCGGGUAAAGAUGGCGCAGGGAGCACCGAGGGAUUUGGGAUGCGUCUGGGUAUCGCCCAGUUGAGCACUAUCGCCCUCGCCGUCGGCCAGGUCAUUACCGCCGGCAUCGCCUUGCCGGCAUACUACACCCUCGUGAGCUGGAGCACGCCCCGUCACUGGCGGAAACACCACCACAAGAUUGAUCUUGGUGACGAGGUCUUCUUCCUUUCGGAUGCGGCACGCGAAAAGGUCCGCAAAAAGCCAAAGCACUCGAUCCAGUACAAUGCCAACGUUCCACGCAGCUCGUACCUCUACACGACGUUAGUGUCGACGCUUAUCGGGUUCGUCCUUCCCAGCGUGGCGAUGAAACUCGCCCCAGCCGAGCACAGGUACGACGUGCAGAGCGCGUGGCAGAUCUUCCCGGCCUACAUGCUUGCCAUCAACAUCACACUCCCGCCGCUGCUUCGCAAGGGAUUCUCGGGCGUCACUCCCCUAGUGGGCAUUGUGCUUGUUGCGCUGCUCGGCAUUGCGGGCUCGCUGCGAGCGCAGUACGACCUCUACACCCACCUCCAGGAGGGAACUGAGAGCCUCAAGGACAUCUUUACUGUCGACCGCGUCGACCACCUCUCGUGGGCUGCGCACAGGCUCCUCGUCACCGACUUUGUCCUCGUCACCCUCGCGGCCGGAAGCAAGGUCCUCCUGGCGCUUGCGCGCCGCACACGCGCCGGAGCCGGUGGCAAGACGCUGUACGCUAUUAUCCUUCUCGCUUCAGCGGUCGUUAUCGGUCCCGGCGCGAGUAUCAUGGCCAUGUGGGCGUACGGCGAGGUCAUUGCCCUCCGCGACUCGCGCGAGUACACCGAGGCCAAGGAGGCCAAGGAGGUCCAGCCCAAGGUGCAGUAA